GUAGGGUGUCUCCAAAUUAUAUGCAGACUUUUCGUAUCAAGUGUCAUUUGUGAAGGGAACUUCUCCCUGCAUGCUCUUUGCAAGGACUCGUGUGCACCAGGGAGAGUGGGAGCUCUUCAAUGGAUUUGGACGCUUGACUUUGGGAUUUGCACAGAGCUUCGCUGGGGGAAUAUGGCCCACACUGUGAAAACUCCUCUUAGGAGGUCCUUCAGUGAGCAUGUGAAGAACUCCACCAACAAGGCCUGGGAUGUAUUUUGGAAGAGUGCGAGGGAGAAGAGACUCUCAGAGAUUGAAGCAAAGGAGGCCUGUGACUGGCUGAAAGCAGCCGGCUUCCCUCAGUAUGCACAGUUGUUCAAAGAUUGCCAGUUCCCCAUUGACAUUGACUGGGUGAAGAGCGAUCAUGAAUUUCUGGAUAAGGAUGCAAUUGAUUCUCUCUGCAGGAGAUUGAACACUUUGAACAAAUGCGUUGACAUAAAGCUGGAGAUGAGGCGACCAAGAAGAAGGAGUGAAGAUUCUGAAGAGGAGGAACCCUGUGCCAUUAGCACCAAAUGGUCUUUUGAGAGGCGGAACCGGCUCUGGUCUCGUUUGGAACACCUAGAGUUCUUGCCAGGGCCUGAUAGCGCUGGUCAGAAAGAAUUGGAAGGGGAUGCUGCCAAGAGGCACAGCUCCUGUAGCUCAGACAGUGAUGGACAUGGCCCCAACCGGCUUCCCAAUGAGCUGGAGACCAGUAGGAGCUCCUCCUGGGGCUCCUCAUUGCACAAACCAGCCUCCCUGGACAGCUCCUUCAGUGGGCCACCAUCCCCUGGGGAGAUGCCCAGCUUCAGUAGCGAGGAGUGUUUUGCCUCAGAGAAGCCAUCCCGGAAGCGGGGGCAGAGCUUGCUGCGGAGGAUGGAGAGACUGAGAACUGGUAGCAGCACCCUGAGGACCAGCUCCUGCUGCAAAGCUAGGCCAGCUAUUGGAGGCCCAACGCUCCUAGAGGGCCUCAAUGAGGAGAGACUGUGCCGCCUCCGCUGUGUGGAUGUCUCGGAGCUCCAGGACAAGCCAGAGAGCCAGGCCUCCUCUUCAGCCGCAUCCGGCAGUAGCAGCUGCCUUGAGAGCAGCAGCAGCGGCAGCCCAUCAGAGAAUAACAGUGCAGUCAGCACACCAAGUCCCAUCACAAGGGUGCGUGGCAACCGUCAACGAGCCAGAGUCCAAGAACAGAAGCACGAGAAUGAGAAGAACCUCCAUCAGGGCCUUGUGUUUCAUGUCCCACAUGAACAUAAGCCAGGAACGUUCCCCACAGCCCUUACCCACAGCGUUAACCCCAACUCAGUCAACUGGAGGACAGGAAGUUUCCAUGGCUACCGGGCUCGGCUUUGUCGCAGCAGCUCAUCCGGAGAACAGGUCUGUAGCCCCCUGGCAGCACUUGAUCAUCGCGUCAGCAUCUACGACAACGUGCCCACACAUGCUCCUGAUGAGGAAGGGCCAGAGGAGGGUAGAACUGGAGAUGUUGAAGAUGAUGUGUUCUCCGCUCUGGACAAUGUCAUGGAGCGCAUCAAUGGCCUCCAACAAUUGGUGUCCACCUGGGCAGAGAAACUGUCAGACGAGGGGGACCUGGACUCCGCCAAUGACUCUGCCUCCCCAUGCCCCUCAUCUCCUAAGGACAUACACCUGGAAGUCAAGAAGCCAGAGGCUGAGGACCCGGUGGCUUCAGAGAGAAGCACAGAAAAUUUUGACAAGGAAACAGAUGAUUUGGAAUCUGCAUACAGCAAUUACUCUGGUGGACAGUCAACUGUGCACCAUAAAAGGUGCCUCCACUGGUCCAGUGAACAAAGCCUCCACCAGGAGUCGCUUGGUGUAGGUUUAGAAGCCCUUUCAGCUGACGACAUGAACCUGCUGCAGAAAUUCUCUCUUCUGAAGCUCACCAGUCUGAUGGACAGGUACUCGCCCACCAGCAAGCAGGGCUGGAACUGGAUGGUCCCUAAAGGGAUGAGGAAAUCCAAAGGGAUAGAGCAGAAGGAGCUGAGGGUGUUUGGGGUUCCCUUGCUGGUGAGUAUGCAGCGUGAGGGAUCGCCUCUCCCGCGAAGCAUCCUCAAGGCCAUCCAGUACCUGAGGACACAGUGCCUGGACCAGGUUGGGCUGUUCCGCAAGUCAGGGGUAAAAUCUCGAAUCCAGUUCCUGCGGGAUACAGUGGAGACAGACCCAGAGGGUGUGAGCUAUGAGGGGCAAUCCGCUUUUGACGUGGCAGAUAUGAUCAAGCAGUUCUUCCGAGACCUCCCAGAGUCCAUCUUUUCCAGCAAGCUCUGCGAGACCUUCCUCCACAUCUACCAGUAUUUCCCCAAGGACCAGCAGUUCAUAGCAACCCAGGCGGCCAUCUUCCUCCUGCCUGACGAGAACAGGGAGGCUUUGCAGACGCUGCUCCUGUUUCUCAGAGAUGUGGUGGACUGCGUGGAGGAGAACCAGAUGACACCCACAAACAUCGCUGUCUGCCUGGCCCCAUCACUGUUCCACCUGAACACUCUGCGAAGGGACAGCACCACUACCAGCAAGCACAGUCACAGGAAGUACAGCCUGGGGAGGCCGGACCAGAGGGACCUCAGCGAGAACCUGGCCGCCACUCAAGGCCUGGCUCACAUGGUCUCUGAGUGUCCUCGACUCUUCCAGGUGCCAGAGCACUGGAUGAAACGGAGCCAAAGGAGACAACAUGAGGAGGCCAUGCAGCCAGACCAUGGCAUGGAAAACAAACUGGAGGACAGCGUUCGACUGCAACUCUCCACCCAAAGUGUACUGAGAGAGAACCAGGAGCGCUUCAGGGACUGGGUGCCAAGCUCUGCUUCACACCAUGUCGACUUGGCAUUUAAGAAGGUGGAGGAUCAGUACCCCCUCCGCCUGUGGAAGGCCACAGUGGAGGUGGAGGCACCCCAAGAUGAGGUCCUGCACCGCGUUCGGAUGGAACGCCGUCUCUGGGACCGUGACCUGUUGAGAGAACGAGUGCUGGAGGUGCUGGAUGCGGAGUCAGAGGUCUACCAGUAUACCCUGCAGGCUUUGGGCUCACGACUUCCAGAAGAGCACCUGUUGUUGAGGACCUGCCAGCAUGACCCCACCACUGGUGCUUUUGUCCUCGCCGCUGUUUCCACAAAUCACCCGGAAGUACCUGCGGAGGGCAUGCAAGUGCAAGUGCUCACCAGUGUCUACCUUGUGGAGUCUCUGGGGCCGAGGAGGACUCGGCUCACACACGUCUGUCGAACAGACACGAGGGGUCGGACGCCGGAGUGGUACAACAAAGUGUGGGGACACUGUUUGACGUCUGAGUUGGUGGCUAUCAGAGACUCAUUCAAACGGGAUGUGGGCAACACAAAAACAUGAGUGUCCCGCUGCCACAGCCUCUACCCCACCCAGCACCCACCUCUUCAAACGCAGCACCCGUUCCACCCAGUACCCACCAUGUCCUGAGGCAGGAUCUCAAUCGCCACCGAGGAAGCGGUUGUCUGAAGACACAUGUCUUCAGUAUGUAUUACACACACAUUUGCAUUGAGGACAAAUGGGGAUGCAAAGCUGUGCCAAGCAUGACAGCCAAAAUAAUUCAUGGAACCUAAUAUAAAAAGAUACAAUUUUGCCUGUGGACAAACAGUAACAAUUGUUUAAAGAACCAUUUUAGAGAAGCCAGUAAGCUGGCAUUAUCAAGACUGACGGCAGAGACGGUUGGAGUAAUGAGAUGUCUUUUCCCAUUCGGGUUGCUCUUCUAAAGGUAAUGUAUUGCUGCGGAUUGUGAGCUCUCGGGCCUUAAUUUUCGCCUUGGAACAUUGCUUCUGCAGCAAUUCACAGCGCACGCGACAUUCAGAUCUACCUCUGUGAGGACCAAGAGCAGGGAAUAUCAUAUUUUGCACAGAAAAGACUCAUUUUGUACAGUGACUCUAAAUCUGGACACAGUGACACGUACAGAAGUCAAUUUCUGGUUGGAAAACUUGCAUCGUACUCUCGCUCAUAUACAGCACAAACCGUUCAUCUUUGUAUCAAACAUUUAUUUCCUAUUCAGUGUUUUUUUAAAAAAAAAAUGUUUUGCCUGCCAAGCUACCAUCUGCAUUCUAAUUCUAACUCAAUAUGCCACGUUCUUUGGCAGGACUCCAUUAUUACAGGUGUUUAAUAUCAAUACCUUGAGCAAGAGGUGCAAUAGC